AUCGAAUGAUCCGAAUCAAGCGAAGAUGCUGACAAGCAAUCUUGGUUCUUGACUCAACUCAUCGAUGUCUUUCCCAAUGUAAGAACAGAAAGAAUUACCCAAUUCCUGUUCAAUUGGUUUCGUUCAUCAAAGUCUAAAACUUUCAGCUCCUCGGUCAGGUUGGUGACUCCAUUGUGCACUUACAGUAAUCGGGUUAGAGAAUUUACCCGCAAUUUUCAACUGGAUACAUUCAAGAGACGGGGGCACAGAGUUGAUUGUUGUAAGAUCACGGACAUGUCCAUUCCUCAACCUGUAAAGAAGUCAGUUUUAGGCGUUAUCCUUGACUUAGAUGGGACCCUUUUAAACACAGAUGGCAUUGUGAGUGAGAUUUUAAAAGUAUUCCUGGUUAAGUUUGGAAAACAAUGGGAUGGUAGAGAGGCUGAUAAGAUAUUAGGCAAGACACCUUUUGAAGCCGCAGCUGCUAUAGUGGAAGAUUAUGGGCUUCCUUGUGCUACAGAGGAAUUCAUCUCUGAAAUCACCCCUAUGUUCUCUGAUCAGUGGCACAAUAUCAAACCUCUACCUGGUGCCAGCCGACUAAUAAACCAUUUGAAAGGCCACGGGAUUCCAAUGGCAUUGGCUUCCAAUUCUCCAAGGGCAAGCAUAGAAUCUAAAAUAUCCUAUCAACAGGGUUGGAAGGAAUCCUUCUCUGCUAUCAUUGGUGGUGAUGAAGUGCGAGCUGGAAAGCCUUCUCCUGAAAUAUUUCUUGAAGCAGCAAAUCGACUGAAGUUGGAACCUUCUAGCUGUCUGGUCAUUGAGGAUUCUCUGCCAGGUGUUACAGCUGGCAAGGCCGCUGGGAUGGAAGUAGUUGCUAUCCCCUAUCUCCCCAAGCAAUCCCAUCUCUACACAAUAGCUGAUGAGGUCAUCAAAUCCUUGCUCGACUUGAGACCAGAAAUCUGGGGCCUACCUCCUUUUCAAGAUUGGAUUGAGGGAACCUUACCAUUAGAACCUUGGCACAUUGGAGGGCCUGUCAUCAAGGGUUUCGGUCGAGGCUCAAAGGUGCUUGGGAUCCCUACAGCUAAUUUGUCAACAGAAAGAUACACGACUCUGCUGUCGGAGCAUCCCUCAGGGGUUUAUUUCGGGUGGGCAGGAUUAUCGGCGAGAGGAGUUUAUAAGAUGGUCAUGAGCAUUGGGUGGAACCCGUACUUCAAUAAUAAAGAAAAGACUAUUGAGCCAUGGUUGCUUCAUGAAUUCGACGAGGAUUUCUAUGGGGAGGAAUUGCUUCUUGUGGUAGUUGGCUAUAUACGACCUGAGUUGAAUUUCCCAUCUCUUGAGAGUUUGAUAGAGAAGAUCCACGAUGACCGGAGAAUCGCUGAGAAAGCUCUCGAGCUUCCCCUCUACUCAAAGCACAGGAACGAUCCCUACCUUGAAGUCUCUAAUCGUGGUGACCACAACAAUUCAUGAACUUUUUAUCAGAAAGCCGUAGUUGGCAUGAUUUCUGCCCACCUUAUUUGGUACGAUCAACUGAAACAUUGUACUCACACAUGCAGAACAUUACUUAAUUUUGCCUAUAUUCCCGAAACAUUGUACUGUGGUGUUGUUCUUGGCAUCUUUUACCCAGCAAAAGCUUUACCAGGAUUCUGUUAGAACAUAUAUGAAAAUAACACUUUAUAGAACA